CCCUUGUGUGCUUGCGCCUCAGAAUCGAGGCAUCAAAUCGCGCACAAGCGCAACGAGAUUAGGGUUGGACCAAAUUAAGCGACCAAAGUUGGAUUUUCAGUGUGACAACUUCAUCAACCGAACGAUCUCACCCAUCAACGCCCAGUCUCUCCACCGUCAACUAACCCCCAGAGACCAUCACGACAAUCGGCAAAAAUGGCGGACAACGACUCCCCCGUCACCCUCCGAACUCGCAAGUUCAUCCGCAACCCUCUGCUGGGCCGUAAGCAGAUGGUCGUUGACAUCCUCCACCCCAACCGUGCCAACAUCUCCAAGGAGGAGCUCCGUGAGAAGCUCGGUUCUCUCUACAAGGCCCAGAAGGACCAGAUCUCCGUCUUCGGUCUCCGAACCCAGUUCGGUGGCGGCAAGACCACCGGCUUCGCUCUCGUCUAUGACUCCCCCGAGGCCAUGAAGAAGUUCGAGCCCCAGUACCGAUUGGUGCGGGUUGGUCUCGCCACCAAGGCCGAGCGUGCCUCCCGACAGCAGCGCAAGCAGCGCAAGAACCGACAAAAGACCCUCCGUGGUACGGCAAAGGUCAAGGGUGCCAAGGCCAAGAAGGAGAAAUAAACGACUCGAUGACUUGGCUUGGGCUUGUGUAUAUCCUCGGGCUGGUUGGGGAGCAGCUAUGGCUGCGUGCAUGCGGUGGUGCGUCCAUUUACGGUCCAUCCUCGUCGGCGUCGGCAUCGGCAUAGGGUACAGGGACUUGCUGGGCGGAUGGCGGGGGGCUAUUCUGGACUCGAUGAGGAGGAUUGCUUUCACCGGCGUCUUUUCUCAAUUACACUAGCAUGAAAUCAAUGGUGUUCUUCGGGUUUCGGACCAAAAUCAAAAAUAACAACGUCUCUGGUUUACGCGGGUUUUCACUACUUGGCUCUACGGUUCGUGAAUGCAUGACUCAUGACUUUAUAUCACUGCGAAAAGAAGGUAUGCGA